GACCUACACAAAGUGUUACAUGGGGCGCCUCGGUGGAGCCGCCAUUUCUCACCUGCUGGUGAGUAUAUCGCAUUCCAUCUCCGAUCCCUUUUUCUUGGCAACGAAGAGAAGGCCUCUAUAAAACAGAGGAAACACCCCGGGAUGAGAGCCAUGAAGAACACUCCUUUGAUCCGUGUCGUCUUCUUGGUUCCGAUCUUCGUCUUCUUUCUUUUGGUCUCGGUUUUAAUGGCGGAGGAACCCACGAAGAUCCCCGAACAGGCCGCCGGCGAGGUGCCGGAGGAGGAGGGCGGCGAUGCCGCUGUCCAUAUCGUCUACGUUGACCGACCGGAGACCGAGGAGGCCGAGGCCUUCCACAUUCGGACUCUCACCCCAGUCGUCGGCAGUGAGGAGAAGGCGAAGGAUGCGGUGAUCUACCACUACACGCACGCUGCCAGCGGGUUCUCCGCCAAGCUCACUCCGAAGCAAGUCGAGGAAUUGUCGAAGCAACCCGGUGUUCUUCAGGUUGUUCCUAGUCAGACCUAUACUCUCCAUGGACCAGGGGGAAUACGCGGCGGCACCGUCCGCCACAUGGGCAUUCCGUGAAAUCCUCGUUGCAGAGACAAUCUUGUCUCGUCUAAGGUGGGUUUCCUUGCCGUGCAUAAAUAAGAUUAAGAUGGCUUUGGAAGCCUUACAAAUAAGGAUGUAAACUCCACAAUGGUAACCUGUUGCCGAGCAAUGGAUAUCAUCAGUACUUUUUAGUUGCUGUUCAGGAUUUGGUUUCUGGUGUUGCAUGGAGUUUAUCAUGUAUGUAUGUCAUUUUGAUUUUACAUGGAAUUUGCACUUAUCGAAAGUUUUAGCUAAAAGAUAUGUGCCAGAGUGCCAACUUUUCUGCA